GUGGUGAAAGCUACUGAACUAUCUUUAUAGUUUGAGACAAUUGAGAAAUCAUCUAACAAGAAUUAAAAAUGGCUGUACCACAAUUGGACCCUGCAAAGCUGCAACUGGUUCAGGAGUUGGAGAUAGAGAUGAUGUCUGACAUGUACAACCGUCUUGUGGGCGCCUGCCACCGGAAGUGCAUUCCUGUGAAAUACCAUGAACCUGAACUUGGAAAAGGUGAAUCUGUCUGCCUUGACCGUUGUGUUGCGAAAUACCUUGAUGUCCAUGAACGCAUCGGAAAGAAACUCUCUAACAUGUCACAAGGGGACACAGAGGACCUUACCAAAAUUAACUUACCAGAAAAGAAAUAGUUUUAAUUGACUUGCUAUG